UCCAUCCAUCCAGUACUUUGUCUAGGCGGUCGUUAAUUAUUCUGUGGCUGUUUUCUACUUCGGUUGUUUAAAAAAUGGAGGCCACGGCGACGUCGACGAGUUGUUCACCGAUAAGCGACGAAGGAAAGCGAAGGGGUUCGCGCAAGGACGAAGACCUCGAGUACGACAUCACUUUCCCGACCGCCGACAAGCAGCUCGCUCUGCCGACGAGUAAGGAACCCGUCGUAUACUUACUCGGCUGGGCUGGUUGCAAAGACAAGCACCUGGCCAAGUACGGUGCCAUCUACGAAGAUCAAGGGUGCAUCACGAUUCGUUACAUUGCUCCAGUCGAAGAGCUCUUCAAGCGAAGCUAUGGCGGAGCAUUGGAGGAACAGGCGUAUGCACUGCUUGGCCUGCUGGAGGACUUCAAACUCGAAGAGCACCCGCUGUUCUUUCAUGCGUUCAGCAAUGGCGGAGCAUUUGUCUACUCACUGUUGAAUCGACACUUUAGGGACGAUGUCCAGAUCAUGUCCAAGAUACGAGGCGUGAUUUUUGACAGUGGACCCGCUCGCGUCGGCUUCUGGCAGAGCGUCAGCGUCAUGGCUACCUUCGUCAGAGGGCGUUCCCUGUUCCGCUACACCGUGGCUUUCUUUUGGGCGUUGGCCAUGUGGUUGUACUCGGCAUUGACCUCAAUCGGCAACCUCGUUCUCGGCACUGGAUUCCACCGAUGCGAGAGCACGUACAAUGCCCUGCUCGCCGAGAGCCCCCUGUGUCCACAGCUGUUCCUGUACUCGGAAAAGGACGCCAUCUGCUCGCACCAGAGCAUCCACGCAUUUGCGGCCGCACGCCGUGCUAAAGGUGUUCCGGUGGAGGAAGUGUUCUGGCAGGACUCUCCACACGUGCAGCACUUUGUUCUCCACCGAAACCAGUACGUCACGAGCGUCACCGACUUUAUGCGUCGCUGCCUCAAUGGCACCAUUCAAGUGUCAUCGCCUAUUGGCAAGCAAGUUCGCUGACGAAUUCACUGAUGAAUUCACCUGUGGAAGGUCUAUCCCCAGGGCCGUGUCGAUCAGGCUUACUUGCACUGAUGCUUUCAUGUUUACUCGAUGUGUUCUGUUACCCACUGCAUCCAAAGAUGUCCACUGCGUGCUUCCAGCCCUCCUUGAUUUUCGCUGUCACAUUUCCUACUUGCUCGAUAAAUUUGAGCACAACGAAUGCCUGGGACAUAAGUUUGACACUUAAGACUGCCUGCCGCAAAAGUUAUGCUGUUGGCAGAAGUAAGAACCCGUGAAUGCGUUUCAUUUUCUGGCUUCAUCGCAUUGCACGAUGCAUCUGUGUGCAGCCUCAUAGAAACACUUGGAGGCUCUGUCAUGCAUUUUGCAAGUUCACAUUAAAACAUUCGGUAGAUAGAGCGGCCUGGAACCUCAUUCGAUGGCUGCCAGAUCCACUGGAGAGAGAGAAUUGUUUUUGGAAAGUGAUGGUAAUGCCCAUGAACAAGUCACUACAAGUCAAUUUAAGCAAUAUUUUUGUUUGUAAUAAUUAAAUUUGUAUGAAUAUCUGUUAUUUUGAGUUCAAAUUUAUUUUUUGCAUUUUGAGGGAACGCGAGUACAAGUGCUAUUGCACGUCUUACUUGCCUGUAAAUGAGAAUGCAAACAUGUGUUUCGGGAGCAGUAGCCGGAGCACAUGCUGAAAACGCCAUUAGCUUGAAAAAAAUAACAAGGCGCGAAUUCACGGCUUAGCUUUCUUCUUUCAGCGUUUCGAUUUCCUCUCUGUGUCCAGCAAGGGAAGUAUUAUCAGGCAAUAUACGCGGACUGUGCGUAUAGUGCCGCGCUGAGUCUCUAUCACGAUGGUAUGCUCACGACGGCCAACAGAUGGCAGCGAUUUUGCAAAUGGUGUAUAGUAGUAAACUGACUUUAUAUGAAGAAUGUAUGUUUUAGUGUAUUACAACAUUCCUGAUAACACAGUAGUUUUAACAAGCUACCGACUAGGUUCUCAAUAUAGCUGAUUUAUUCUCGGGCCCCUGAUACCAAGCCUACACACUUGGGCACAGUGGGGUGAGUUUGGCAAUGCACUUGCAUACUGCAGCCUGUGAUUGUGUGAAAAAUAGUUGUGAUAAAGUGCACCUAGGCUAGAACGCAUUCUUGGUCUGGUACAUUAAACACAUGUUCACAUGGAAUGGUAUGGAGACAAGCACAAACUCACACUGCUUAUUCAUAGGCAAUACCACUGAACAAAUGGGCACAGGUAAAACUAACAUCACGUGUUCUUUUCAAGUGGUACCACUUCAUAUUUGUUCCGUGGUUCUGCCCAUGAAUAAACAGUAUGCAUUUGCGCUUUUUCUCAUGCCUUUCCAUGUGAACGCAUGCCUUUUAAUUUAAUAUUCACUUGAAGGGCCAGUAAGCUGUCCAAAAUGUGUGCUGAAGAGAUAACUGCAUAAUUCUACGACGUGCUGCCACAAGAAUUUCGGAUUGUUAUAAGGAAGGGUACAGAACAGCCCUCUUGAGCUGGUUUUGGUUUCUUGUUCAGUCUCUUAGCAACCAAGAGGGGUGGGCAUAGCCCACUGUUCUUGCUACACCCACUUCGGCAACGUGACACAGCAUCAGCGAUUACGUCAUCGGCACGUGGCCAAUGACUCAGCAAUGCUUCCUCCAUGUCACUCAUAUCAUAGCAGUGCCAUGGUCACCCUAGUGUGCUUCUUAAACAAACAAGAACAGGAUGCGAUUGCGGUCUUUUUCACCACAGCUGGUUUUUUUUUUUCUUACAGAAAUUAUUAUUGUAGCACCCCCUCUGUGUUUUUGCCGCCGGCGCCUACGUGAUGUUCCUUAUAAAGUUUGAAUCGGCAGCUUUGUCACACAUAAUGUGUGUGCUAAUGAAUGCGGGUAAACGUAACCAAUGAACACUUAUCUUGCUGGAGGAACCACACGGGCCAUCUUUGGUAGCACAAAAGGCCACGGGAGAAGAAAGCGACAGCAUGGCUCCGGGCCUUGCUCGGCCAGGCCCUUUUCUUCACAGGGAUGAGCAGACUGCUCUGUGCAUCUUGUUCUCUCUGCUUUUUUUGCAAUUAAGUGACAGUGCAAAGACCGCUUUGCUCGUUGCAGUGAUCGCAUUUCCUUAUGCCGCAAUUUUGUUGAGUUACGCAAAGUUUGACGCUACAAGAGUCGGCCACUAGCCUUAGUUUGUAUAACAUUCAUUGCUUUGCCAUUGCAGCGAUGUCUUGAAUACUUCUUAGGUUGGUACUGAGCGAUAUAGAAUUCAUUUUAUUGGGGUGUGGACAUACGGUCACCAUGUAGUUGGGCUGCAUACAUCUUUGACUGGCUCCAAGUAUGUGUUUGCAACACUAUGCCUUCUGCACUGACUUAUAAUAGACUUUGUCAUGUGACAGAUGCCAUUAGUUCAUUUUCUGGUGCAAGAAAGUCUCUGUGGAGGUGAUCUUUGUAGAAUAUUGUCCAUGAAUGAUGUGACGGCCAUACUGCUGUCUUCUUGAUUGAAUGAGCACUGCCUGUGAUAUGCCAUGUUACAAGUUACAUCCUCAAGGUUUUUGACAUGCAUUUUAAUCUGGGGUAGGAUAGGGGGGCUGGGAUCUAGUUAAUUUUAAGCUACUACUAAAUCCUUUGAUCACAACGAGAUCUUAUAUAGUAUCACGUUGCGAGUGCACCAAUUUCACUUACAAUUGAACAUGCUGAGUUUGAUCUAAGUUGGUAACUUGUCAAAUUCUUCUGUUGUGGGUUGAUAUUCGGAAUGGAAACAUCAUAUUAUGUACAAGAGUUUCUUUUUCCCAAGAAUCAUAUUUCUUGGCUGUCCAGACAGGUUUCUGGGUUGCUUUUGAUUAGUAUUUUUGCUUUCUUUAUUUUAGUUGGGAAGUUUGAUUUCUGAAAAUGGAGAUAUGUCGUUAUAUAAGAAAGGCAGGUCAUUUGGAUAAGCUACUUUUAAAAAAAGUGAUGCCCAUUUUUUCAAUGCAUUCAAAAGUUUAUUUCCCUUUUUUUUUAUUGGAUGGUUCAGGGUUCACAUUUUUAUUAUCUAUUCUGAGUGAAAGUAAGUGUGUGAAGAGUGAAGGAUGUGAUGAAUAUUCAGUUGUGCAGCAUGGUUUUUUCUUUGAGUGAUUCAGUGCUGCACGAAGUGACUGUCGCCAUAUUCUUGUUUUAAGGUUGCCUGUGCAAAAAUUUCGGUUUUCGUACCACAUUGGGCUGUGUUUUACUAAAAAUGAAAACUUGUUGAACAUAUAAUCUACUCUCACCUGGCAAAGCACCUGGACCAAAAUUCAUUUUUCUUCCCAAACCAGCACGGAUUUCGAUCCGGCUAUUCGUGUGAAUCUCAACUUGCUGAAUUCGCAACUGACUUGCACUUAAACGUAGACUCCUCCUUUGUGACUGAUGUCUAUUAGCUCAAUUUUUCCAAGGCGUUAGACCACGUUCCUCACCGGCAUCUCAUGACUAAACUUCCUUGCCUUUCAAUCGAUCCCCUGAUAUUGUCAUGGAUUUACUGCUUUUUAACUGAUCGCUCCCAGUACACCAUCAUUGAAGACCAUCCAUCUGUAGCUACAAAUGUUAUCUCCGGAGUUCCACAGGGCUCCGUUCUUGGCCCGCAUCUGUUCCUAAUCUUUAACAAUGAUCUUCCUGCUCAAAUUUCAUCAACCAUCCGUUUGUUUGCGGAUGACUGUGUUCUGUACCGACGUAUCUCCACUACCAACAAUCAGGCGUUACUGCAGGACGAUUUAACCUUAAUCCAAAACUGGUGCUCGACCUGGCUCAUGCAGCUAAAUGUAUCAAAAUGCAAGUUUAUGCACGUCACCCGUAAGAAACAUCUCCUACUAUUCCCGUACAUGAUAAACAAUUUCAUGCAAGCACAGGUGGAAUCUUAUAGGUAUCUCGGUCUAGAAAUCACAGAUAAUUUAAGUUGGUCUAAAGACAUCACAUCACUUUCUGCAAGCAUUUUCAGAUCAUUAGGUUUCGUCAGACGGUCACUUACAUUUGCUUCACCCACAGUUAGACAAAUGGGUUACAAAACAUUCAUAUGCACUAAACUUGAAGACGCAUCACCUCUCUGGAACCCCCAUCAAGAGUACUUAAUCCAAGAGUUAGAGGCAAUACAAAACCGAGCUGCUCGUUUUAUAACUCCAAAAUAUGAUUUUAGACAGAUCGUUAUUAGCAUAAAAACUUCGAUUGGUGUAACCCCUCUGGCAUCCCGCCGCAAAAUACAAGUCUCUGCCUUUUUCAUAAGCUAUACUAUAACUUUCCUCAUCUACGAAAGAGCCUAAUCGUACCUUUCAUGAGAUCAUCACGACGUCUGUUUAAGUGUCACAGUGUUUAUCGCAUCCAUGGUUCGACUAAUGCCUUAAAGAAAUCAUUUCUACGGACUGCCAUAUCAUAUUGGAAUGCACUUCCCAACGACACUGUUAUGGAAAGAAAUUAUGUUAAAUUUAAAGAUUCAUUGUUGCAGCUCUAGUGUCAGCAGACCGAAUAGCAGCCCUAUUAUUUGCGAGUUUAUCUGCCUCUUAUUUUUUUGUUUUUCUUCUUUUUAUUUCUUUUCGUUUUUUGCGUGUUUCUGCUUUGUUUUUCUUAGCAGUAUUUAUGCCUCCUUGUGACCUGUAGUUACUUAUUGUUACACCCCCCUUAUAUAAUGCCCCAUGAGGGGCCCUUAAGGGUAAAUAAAUGAUGAUUAUGAGAAGUGAAAGCAUAAAUGCACUGGCUCAAACUGCAACUUUGGACUCCGCCUAUAUUGCUCUUUUGGCAUUUCAUAAAUAUGUGUUUUUUCUGGAGUUUUACUGCGAGGCUUGUGGCAAGGAAUCCAAGAGUGUUUUAUAGAAAAAUUUACGGUAUCCAACAACACAUUCGGAACAACAUCCAAGAAGAUUUACAGCAUCUUCGUAGCGAAACCAUAUCAAGUGAUAAUAACAUCAAGUGUACACCAAAUAAAUGCAUGUAGCUUUGUGCAAUACUGGUGCUGUAGCGAUGAUUGAGUGCAUAUUUCGUCCUUGAAUGAACAGGUGUGAGCAGAACUAUGCUCAGCCUAAGUUUGGCCUCACUGAACCACUUGUGCCUAACAUUGUAUGUACCAGGACACACAAUGUUCAGUGAAAUGUUCCUUUAAUUUGUGCAGUCAAGCUCAUUAUGCAAAGUUCUGACUGGGUUGAGGAGAGCGUGAAUGUUGAUGAUGCCUGUUUUACAAAUCACAUGUGGAUUCUCGUGUGCUCGCAAGUUGUUCAGUGUGAAUGGGUCACUGUUCUUGAACUUUUUCUGUGGUUUUGUUUGGCUUGGUUUGGGAGUCCAUGGGAGCGGCCUCAGGACACGGCGGGUCACUCCCACAACGGGACAGUAAGGCCAAGAUCUACCACCACAUCCUAGGUUCUCUGGACAGCACAAAGUUGUGAUGAGAUGGCCGGACUCCACAGAGCAGAUUCCAAAUCGCUGGACGAUGCUGUAGCAGUGCCGUGUACUCCCAGAGCAUGUGGUGGCUAAACUGCCACAUUUCACACAAGAGUUAGUCAAAUAAACCUCAGGAUAAAGCUUGUGGAGACAGGCAAGGUUAGGUUGCACUUCUUGUAAAAGUAACCACUAUUUGAACACCUCUGCUCUAUUUAGCUUUCUAUGUGGAGGUGGAAGGUUUCUCAUGAACUUUCCACCUCACAUAGUCGAAUGCUGGGUAAUUUUAUUGUAUGUAGUUGGCACAUCCAUGUUUAUCAAAUUUUUAGGUCGACCCAAAGGUCCUUCAUGGCCCUAACCCUCGUGCCCUCGAGUGGGCCAACUCAUUGAGAUUAAUAAUCCCGCCAUCCACGUUUCCCAUAUGAGUCGGGAAGCAUAUGAGGGUAUGGGUUGUAAGCGACUUCUCGCCGAGUAUGUUUUCGGCCUUUUUGCACACAGCUCCAGUACUGAAAGCACGAAUGUUACAAUUUUGUAUGUUAUUAUAGCUACUGCUGUGCGAAUAGCAAAGUUUUAGGUGCGAAGUGAAUUCAAAUAUUGAAGUGUGUGUGCGAUUUAAAGCGAAUAUUUUUUUGGUAUUUUUCAAAUAAAUGUGGAAUAUUUAUCGAAUACUUUGAAGUGAAAUUGCAGAGAAGGAGUUGGAGAGGUUCCCCAAGCAUAUACUCAUGAGAUAGAAAUAUGAAAGUGAUUUUUUUUUUUUUUUUUUGGCUAGGUCGCUGGCACAGUGAAGUGUUUCACGGGUGUUUUAUUGAGAAGGAGACAAUGCAGAGACUGGACUGUAUUUAUGUACAUGAUUUGAUACAACCAAGGUGUUGUCUUUACACACUUUACGCAUUACAUUUCACAAAUGGCAAAGAUGCUAUUUUCUUAACCUCUCCUCCACUUUGAACUUCUGAGGAAUCCUAACUGACGUGGUCGACAAGGGUGUGCUUCCUACGAGGUUGGAGUUCUAAAUGUGCCUCAUAGAUAUCAAUACACUACAUAAAAUCUGAAAUUUUGGAUGCUGAAAAUCAUGGCUCUCUGAUUUUUUUAAUUUCCUGCCCAAAUUUUGGGUUCCAAUUGGCAUUAACAGAGCCCCCGCAUCUGUUGUCUCCAUGUUGGAACCAGCGUUUUCUCGAGUCAAUAUAUUUGCAACUGUAGCAAAGCCUGUUCUUUUUCUGUCCGCUUUGUCUGUUUCUGAUGUUGCCGUGCUGUUAAUAAAACACAACUACGAUGAAACAGCUCGACCAAAUUAAGCUCUUGUUCCUGAAAGGCAGUUUUGCCGCUAUGCGAGAAUGCAGUGCGGUGAAGCAUAUAAAAAAAAUUUUAAGGGGCCACUGUUUAUUGAACGUUGACUGCAUUUAUCUUGAGGAAGUUCAAAUAAUGAAAUUCUAUUGUUAUUUGAAUGAAAUAAGCAAGCACUAUUAGAAAGAUGUUUGACAUUUCGUAUAUUCGAACACUUCUAAUUAUAACUGUUUUCAUAAAGAUAGUAGUCUAAGGUUAGGAGUUUCUGAAUGCUCCUCUGAAAAUGAUAUGCAUUUCCUGCUUGUGAGUUUUGGCAGCAAUCGCAGGCUGGUAGCAACAGUGCUUGGUGGUGGUAUUCCUAUAGCCAGCACUGAAAGGAAGCUGCACACACGAUUAUUUAUUUGCAUUUUAAAAAUAUGAUGCUUGUUUUUGGUGCUGCUGUACAUUCACAGAAUAUUAAAAGAACAUUUGUCACAUA